AUGCACCGAUAUCUCGUUGCUUCGCAACUGGCUUUCUCUUUCUUUCCUCUUGUCUCCAGUUACACUUGGUCCUUUACUACCACACCUCAGCAAUGCGCCACCUUAUCCCUACAAAUAUCUGGCUCUGGCUCUCCUCCAUACAGUGUUCUAGUCAUACCAUAUGGCCCCACACCUCUCCCCAAUAACACAGAGGUCCGCACCAUCGUGUAUCAACAGUUUGAUGGUAGCUCCACUAGCACCAGCUUCCAACUCAAAUACCCGUCCACAUCCCAGUUCGUCGCCGUGGUCAGCGAUAGCACUGGUUUUGGAUCUGGCGGGACUAGCGUUGCUGGUUAUGUGAUGAGCAGUACCGACAACAGUUGCUUUAACCCAAAUACAACCGUCAUGCCAGAUUUUCCAUUCAACAUAUACCCCACCAACCAGGUCGUACAAUGCAAUGCAAGUAGAUUGUGGUGGGACCCUACACAAGUCGAAGGCACUCCAUCCUUUCAAGGUGUCAUCCCUGGUGGACAAUCCUUUUCAAUUCCCGAAGGCUCGAUAACACAGGUAUCUGACGAGGGCACUGGGUUUAGCUGGAUACCCUCUGUCCGCGAAGGCACCACCCUCAUGAUAGUUGCCGGGGACGACCGUGGGCUAGGUACAGGAGGAAGUGGGCUGUAUACCGUCGCACAAGGCAUAUAUCCAAACAGCUCGUGUUUAACCACCACCUCGCCCUCAUCCACUAUCGGUUCUCCCGCAGGUGGUACAUACCCAACUAGCCCCAGCAGUACAAACACCACUAGUGGCACUAGCGGCAGCAGCAGCAGCAAAACCAAUGUCGGGGCAAUAGUUGGCGGCAUUAUCGGUGGCCUUGCUGCACUCGUCAUCCUUGCGCUCGCAGGGUUUUACUUUAUCCGUCGUAGAACCGCCACCAAGGUCACUAAGGAACGUCCCGUCGACCUCUUUCAAGGUGAUCCAGAAGACGAUCAUGAUCUAGCACCUGGUGAACUCGGGAAUUACUACCGUCCCGAACCCUUCCUCGCCACUGAGCCAGAAGAAACAUCUCCUAUGGUUGGACGUGAAGAGGGCAGAGCUGGCACAGCUAUGUCUGGCUCACGUUACGGCACCUCGGACCGUAGACAGUCUACGUUCGGGAGUUUCAGCGAUAUGCGAUCUGCAACGCCUGAUUAUGAAAUGGGUAUCACUGGUGGUACAAUCCCAAGCAGCUCUCGCAAAUCUCCUACGCCAAGACAGCUCCGGCCUAUUAACAUCAUUCAGCACGACGACGCAGGUACCGCAGACGAGCAGGCCGAGGGCCAGCCAGACACCGUCGAGCUUCCCCCUGCAUAUACUAAUAUUCGAAAACCAAUCACAAAUUGA